AAGUCGUUUUGUACUGUAAGGGGCAGUAACAUAAACAUUACGCAAUAAUCAACCAGAAAUUGAACAAGAACGAAGAAGAAGAAGAAUCGAGGCAAUAAUCAUGGCAGGUCGAUUAACAAACGUAGCAUCACAAAUCUUAGGCGGAAACGGCGUCGUUCACCGAUCGGUAGCUUCCUCUCUUCGCCUCCGCUCCGGCAUGGGUCUCCCCGUCGGCAAACACUAUGUCCCAAACAAACCCCUUCCCGUGAAUGAGGAACUUACAUGGGACAACGGUACUGCAUAUCCCGAACCUUGUAUAGAUCGCAUUGCUGAUACUGUUGGAAAGUAUGAAGCUUUGGCUUGGCUAUGUGGAGGAUUGAGCUGUUUUGGAGCUCUGGGAUUAUUGGCUGUGUGGAAUGAUAAAGCCUCUAAGACACCAUUUGCACCCAAAGUAUAUCCAUAUGACAAUCUGCGAGUGGAGCUUGGUGGUGAGCCAUAAGUAGAUCCAAGGCAAUAAUGGGAUGAUUACUUCUUUUAUGUAUUUGUUCUGUUCAUUUGUACUCCUAUCUUAUCUUAUGUGGUCGAAAAUAAUGGAUCAGAAAGACUUGCUGAAACCAAAUACAGGAAUGAAAGAGCUGAAUUUGGUUUAA